AGAACAAAGAAUAUCAUAGACAAAGUUCUGAAUUUGGAAGCAUACAACAUUUGUCAUAUAGUACUUUGAAAUUACAUAACAGGUAUCUACAAUGUCGUCCCGUCCGGAAUUAAAGGUCGACGACGAAGGAGGCUUUAUUAGUUUUUUCAAAUCUCUACCAGACUCAGACGAUGGGGCUAUUAGAGUCUUUGACCGUGGUGAUUGGUAUACAGCGCAUGGUGACGAUGCUUCAUUUAUUGCUAGAACAGUUUACAAGACAACAUCUGUCCUACGACAAUUGGGCAGGAAUGAUUCUACCGGCCUUCCCUCCGUCACGAUGACCAUUACCGUAUACAAGAACUUCCUCCGAGAAGCUCUUUUCCACCUGAACAAACGAAUUGAGGUCUGGGCCAGCUCGGGAAAAAUGAACUGGAAGAUCAUAAAGCAGGCAUCACCAGGAAAUCUGCAAGAUAUCGAAGACGAGCUCGGUGGCCAGUUUGAAGCAGCUCCUAUUAUCUUGGCUGUCAAAGUCUCAGCAAAGGCUUCGGAAGCCAGAAAUGUUGGAGUGUGCUUUGCGGACGCCAGCGUCAGGGAACUUGGCGUCUCAGAAUUCUUGGACAACGACUUAUACUCGAAUUUCGAAUCACUUCUCAUCCAGCUGGGCGUGAAGGAGUGCUUAAUCCAGGUGGACAAGUCGGGAAAAGAUAUUGAGCUAAAGAAACUCAAGGACAUCAUUGACAGUUGUGGAGUUGCGUUUUGCGAGAGGCAAAUAGGCGACUUCGCCACUAAAGACAUCGACCAGGAUCUUGCCAGACUCUUGAAGGAUGAGAAGGCUGCAGGAACCUUGCCUCAAACUGAUCUAAAGCUUGCAAUGGGUUCUGCAGCUGCACUGAUCAAGUACCUUGGAGUUAUGCACGAUUCUUCGAAUUUUGGUCAAUAUCAGCUGUAUCAACACGACUUAUCGCAAUUCAUGAAGCUUGAUGCAUCCGCACUCAAAGCCUUAAACUUGAUGCCAGGACCUAGAGAUGGUGCAAAGACCAUGUCUCUUUUUGGACUCCUCAACCACUGCAAAACUCCUGUUGGUAGCCGACUGUUAGCACAGUGGCUUAAGCAACCACUCAUGAGCAAGGAUGAGAUUGAGAAGAGACACCAAUUAGUGGAGGCAUUCGUUGAAGAUACCGAAUUACGGCAGACGAUGCAAGAAGAAAAUUUGAGGGCGAUUCCCGAUCUGUAUCGUCUAGCGAAGAGGUUUCAACGAAAAAUGGGGAAUCUUGAAGAUGUAGUCAGAGCAUGGCAGGUUGUGGUCAAGCUACCUGACUUCAUUAACACACUUGAAGGCGUGAUGGAUGAGCAGUAUCGAGACCCUCUGGACGAAGCAUACACAUCAAAGAUUAGAGAGUGUUCGGAUAGUCUUGAGAAGCUACGAGAAAUGGUGGAGACCACUGUCGACUUGGAAGCUGCCCAGAACCAUGAGUACAUCAUUAAGCCCGAAUUCGACGAGGGAUUGAAAAUCAUCCGAAAGAAGCUUGAUAAAUUGAGGCACGAAAUGGAUCAAGAACACAGAGCAGCUAGCCAGGACCUGGGUCAAGAAAUGGACAAGAAACUGUUUCUCGAAAACCACAAGGUCCACGGAUGGUGCAUGCGACUUACCAGGACAGAGUCAGGAUGUAUUCGGAACAACAAGAAGUAUCAGGAAUGUGGUACGCAAAAGAAUGGUGUCUAUUUCACAACACAGAAGUUGGUCAGCAUUCGCAGAGACUUUGACCAGCUGUCUGAGAACUACAACCGAACACAGAGUAGCUUGGUCAACGAAGUCGUAAGCGUGGCUGCUUCGUAUUGCCCGGUCGUCGAACAGCUGGCCGGCAUUUUAGCGCAUCUGGACGUCAUUGUCAGCUUUGCUCAUUGCUCAGUCCAUGCACCUACCUCGUACGUUCGGCCCAAGAUGCACCCUCGUGGUGAGGGUGAUACAAUCUUGAAAGAAGCUCGACAUCCAUGUAUGGAGAUGCAAGACGAUAUACAAUUUAUCACCAACGAUGUCAGCCUGAAAAGAGGAUCUUCUGAGUUCUUGAUCAUUACUGGUCCCAACAUGGGUGGUAAAUCCACUUACAUUCGCCAGAUUGGUGUCAUCGCUUUGAUGGCCCAAGUUGGCUGCUUCGUCCCUUGCUCAGAGGCAGAACUCACGAUCUUCGACUGCAUUCUUGCUCGUGUUGGUGCCAGCGAUUCUCAACUCAAGGGUGUGUCAACCUUCAUGGCUGAAAUGCUCGAAACGGCCAACAUUCUCAAGUCUGCAACCUCGGAAUCACUCAUCAUCAUUGACGAACUCGGUCGUGGUACUAGCACUUACGAUGGAUUCGGUCUAGCAUGGGCUAUUUCUGAGCACAUCGUGAAGGAGAUUGGCUGCUUCUCCAUGUUCGCUACCCAUUUCCACGAGCUGACUGCUUUGGUGGACCAAUAUCCACAGGUCCAAAAUCUGCACGUCGUGGCACAUAUUGACGAUAACGGCAAAGCAAAGAGAGAAGUAACACUACUUUACAAAGUUGAAGAAGGCGUUUGUGACCAGAGUUUUGGCAUUCACGUCGCGGAGUUGGUACGCUUCCCAGAGAAGGUUGUCAAUAUGGCCAAGAGGAAAGCAGAUGAGCUGGAAGACUUCACAAGCAAGCAUGAAGGCGAAGCAAUUUCGUACAAAAAGGAGGACGUUGAAGAAGGAAGUGCUUUGCUCAAAGAAGUCUUGCUCAAAUGGAAGGAAGAGUGUGAAGGCAAGGACUUGAGUAAGGACGAGAUGGUCAGUAAGAUGAGAGAGCUGGUGAAGGGUGAUGAGAAGCUGUUGGCCAAUCCGUUCUUCCAGAGUGUCAAAGCUUUGUAAUAAUUUGUAUGGAAUAUGGUAAUGUCCUGGCGUUUUGGUGGAGUCAGUCUUAAGGAAGUCAGUACAAGGUACGGAGUUAGAGCUUUGUACAAGAAAAAAUUUGCUGAAUUAAAUGAUGAUACUGCGAAGCCGGUCGAAUGACG